AUGCAGCUUCCCAUGGGCCCCGCCUGCAUCUUCUUGAGAAAAGGCAUCGCUGAGAAACAGCGGGAAAGACCACUGGGACAAGAUGAGAUCGAAGAGCUCCGGGAAGCAUUUCUUGAGUUUGACAAGGAUCGAGAUGGGUUCAUCUCUUGUAAGGAUCUGGGGAAUCUCAUGAGGACAAUGGGUUACAUGCCCACGGAGAUGGAACUGACUGAAUUGGGCCAGCAAAUCCGCAUGAACUUGGGUGGCCGUGUAGACUUUGAUGACUUUGUGGAGCUGAUGACCCCCAAGUUGCUGGCAGAAACGGCUGGGAUGAUCGGUGUCCAAGAGAUGCGAGAUGCCUUCAAGGAAUUUGACACCAACGGAGAUGGGGAGAUCACCCUGGGGGAGCUGCAGCAGGCCCUGCAGAGACUCCUGGGAGAGAAGCUCACCCCCCGGGAGAUCGCCGAGGUUGUCCAGGAAGCCGAUGUUAAUGGAGAUGGCACCGUCGACUUUGAAGAGUUUGUGAAGAUGAUGUCUCGCUGAGGAGCUGCUGGAAACCCCGGUCACUCUCCCCCUGGCCGACAUGGAUCAAGCACUUGAGGCCCAAAUCCCCACGGCCCCUUAAAGGAGAGAGGGUGGGGGGUGUC